AUGUCCAUCACGGGCUCGCUGGUCGGGUACGAGACGGGAGGCGACAUCACGAUGGGCUCGAAGAAGAACCGAUCGCUGCUCAACAUCACCGCCACCUCGAACGCCUCCUCCAAGCAAUGCCAAAGUCUGAACUCGAGCAUAUCGCACGGCAGCAUGGUGCUGACCGGGAACACCUCUGGAUCGCUGCGACGCCACACUCAGCCCCCGAUCGCGUCCAGCCCCACGAAGCACCGCCGUCGGCGGCUCCACCUCAACACCCUCUGGUCCAUCUGGUACGGCAUCCUGGUGACGCUGCUCCAGGGCUACCUGAUCGUGCAGGGCACGCACCGGUACAUCGGCCUGUCGGCGCUUAGCUGGAAGUACGAGAAGCCCACGACGGAGCUGGACAUCCAGAUCGUGUUCUGCGGGCUGGUGGUGCUGUUCCUGCCGCUGCUGCUCGCCUCCGCCUUGUUCCGCGUUGGGAACUUGGCCAAUGACGGCAUGAAGCUGGCGUCGGGCACGAAACUCUGGCAGGGGUCAACGCCCGCCGGCCACGAUGGACUCGAGGAGGAAGCUUUCGAGGGUACACUGCGGUCACUUUGGAUCCACGGAGGACCGACGUCCGCGUUCAUACAUAUCAUCACGGCGAUCUGUUUGCUGCUGCCUCGCCUGCUCCUCGAGGCCAAAGUUAUCGAGAACGGUCUUCUCCCGCGAGAUAACGUUUGGCGAACGGAUCUCGACUUCAUGGUAACGCACAGCGAUCGCCUAGUGGUGCUAUCGUUCAUGACUUCGUCCCCAACCUACGCAAACUCCACCGCUUCCACCGUCCGUCCGGCGCUGAGCGAACUGGAGCGAAAGCUGUACCGGAACGGUUACUUCGAGCAGAGCGAUCUGGUGGAAAAGUUCGCCGACUACGACGAUAGCCUCGGAGCGCUCGACACCAGCGACGAGGCGUUCCGAACGCACGAAGCCCUCGAGAUGGGCACCCUGUUCGCCGGAGGUGUCAAUGGCCCGAUCGCCAUCUCGACCAUGGAGAACUUCCACCUGGUGGAACCACCGACCACGCUGCACACGCUGCCGCCGGUGCGAAACCUGCGGACAACCACGGUAGCUCCGGCAACCGGCAUGGGGAAGCACCACCGGCAUUCGACCUCGGGACCGACCGCCAGCACCGUGCCACCGUACGCCAGUGGAGAGGGCAGUCGCGAAAGCCGCCGGAAGGAACCGAAUCGGAACGCCGCCCACCAUCGGAAGGCAUCGAAUGGGAAGGGUCAUGCGGGUGGGAAGGUGAAGUCGCAGCACGCGCAUCACGGAAAUCAUCACGGUCAGCAUCACCAGGAGCAGCAGCCACGGCAUCGGUACGUCGAGGAGGUGGACACACGGUUGGAGCUCGAAGAGCAACAGGAGCUGGACUGGAGUGCACUGAACCAACCGGAAGGCACACCGACGCUGAUCGAACCCCCCACUUCCGGAGUCGGCGGUGGCAAGAAAUCUCCUUCGCAAAAAGGAAACCGUCCCACAAGCACCACCAUCCAGCCGGCGACGACGGUGAAGUCUGCUCCCCCGAAGCGCCCAACUGCGACAACGACAAGCACCGUCGCCCCGACCACCACCGUGAAGAAGGCACCGGCGGCCACGAAGGACAGCGACAUUCACAUCCUCAAGCCGGUGAACCUGCCCGAGAACAUCAUCCCCUCGACGCCGGUCACGACCAACUCGAAGAUCAUCGAAAUCAAACCCCCCAAAGGUUCGACGGUGGCCAGCGCCAAGUCGCCGGCUGCAGCGGCGUCUACCGGCGGCGCGAACCGGAAGAACAAACGCGAGUCGAGCGGGGGUGGCGAAAACUUUAGCAGCGAAAGCCUCGAGAGCAUCGAAAGCAUCCCGAGCGUGGACGAGGACGAGUUCAUCAUCAAGGACGAGAACGGGAUGGAGAUCAAGCCCGCCUUCCUGAUCGGCGCGGCCCCCGGUAACCUCACCUUCCGUCCGAUGCAGCUGGUCGGCUUUCCGGCGCUGCUGGCGAAGCUGUUCGGCUCGCCGGCCGACCGGCAGUUCAGUGCCGGGUCGGCCUGGUCCACGGUGCCCAGCGCGGAGUUCGUCAACCUGGCCGUGGCGCUGGCCGUGUGGGCCGUACGCUAUCCGUCCGUCUUCUGGCACACGUCCAAGUCGUUCGCCUGUCUCUUCAGUCUGCAGAUGAUCGCGAACGGCGUGGACAUCCUGCUCAGCUUCGCCGGUGCGAGCGUGCUCUACAAGCUGCAGACGCUCGGGCAGGCCUUGCCCCUGCAGGCGCCGGCCCUCAUCCUCAACGGGACGGUCACCGUGGCGCUCACCAUCCUGGCGCUCGUGCUUACGAUCGCUUCCUCGAUGGUGCUGUAUCUGUACGGGCACGGGAAGCUGGCGGCGAAGGUGCGCGAUCGGCGCAUGAUCACCGCCAAGCAGAGUGCGGACGUGUGGGCGUACUUUGCGCACUGUUCGUCGCUCUGCUUCGUCCUGGCCCUGGCCGUCGUCAAGGCUCCGCUGAUGCACGACCUCAGCGCCACCUACCGGGGAAGUCUCGAUGGAGCGGUCCUAGCCGCCGCUCUCGGUUCCGUGGUGCACCUGUUCCUGUGGAUCGUCCUCUGGCUGGGACUGACCGCCAAGCGCCGCUGGCACUUCAAGCUACCUCCGCUGGACGGAGGACGCGCAUGUGGCGGGCCCGGAACGGCCAGCCAACCCCUGCUCCGGGGCAACGGAAGUCUUCGCUCACCGAACGGAACGUCCAACGGGUUGCCGGCGUCGGCCGGCCAGCCAGGGCCCGGCGGUGCCAGCUCCGGUUCCGGCGGCGAAGAGGAAACAAUCUACUGGCCCAAGAUUGCACCGAACUCGCCGAAGCUGAAAGUCACGUUCAACGAAGUACCCAGUACGUCCUCCGAGCUUGCGCUCGGUCCACACGAACAUGGCAACAAGCGCCAUCCGUCCGGUGGAACCACGAUACGUCUGUCCAGUCUUACGGGGGAAGCUGACGACGGAGACUACGCUACGCUAAGGGGCCCGACCGGCGAUCUGCUACACCUCGGCCCGUACGAACAUCCGGGCCCAUCCGGAUCGCCUCCACCUCCACCGCCCCCGCCGCCACAGCUCGACGACUGCGAUCUGCUGGACGAGGCCAGCAACAGCAACACGCUUGUCGGCAGCACCAACGACCACGCCGACGACACGUCCGAGGAGGGGAAGCUGCUGGCGUGCGUGCGGGACGACAGUGUGACGUACGCGUCGACCCGCGAUCUCGAGCCACCGAUCAGCCGCACCAUGUCCCGCGAGACGUUUAUGCGAUCGCCGGAACAGUCCCUCAGCAGCCCGCUAGCACCAGUCACCGUCACCGUACACAACCAUUUGGAGAACGUGGGUCCUGGAUCAACGCCCCGAUGCUUACGUCGGGCCGAUUCCGGCAUGCCAACGGAAGCCCUGACCCCACGCUCGGACUCUACCUCGACGGAAAGUUCCACCUCGCCACCGGACUGCCGCGAUGCGCCCUCGGAAACCUCGAGCGGCGUGCACUCGGGUGAGGAGCGCGACGAGGUAGUCAUCCGGCCACGCUCCGGCCCAUACAAGUCCAUCAUCAAGCCACCGCCACCGGCCAUCCAGGAAGAACCGUUCGGCCGCUCGACCAACAUGAAGAUGUCCAGCUUCAACAAGGACGGCACGAGCGCCACGCUGCCCCUGACGCGCGGUUCCACCGACAUGCAUCACCGGUCCGACUACCCCCAGUGCAGCACGAUGCCCCUGCCGGCCGGCUAUCAUCAGCAGCAGCAUCACCACUAUCACUCCCAGACGUCCUUCACGCCGCCCCAGUCGGGAUCUUCCCGGCAGCAGCUGCAGCAGCACACGACACUCCCGAACGGGCUGCGCUAUGCCACCUCCUCCAACCAGUUCCUCAAGCGGCUACCGUACAUGAAGAACGCCGAAUCGCCGUACGGCCACCUGGGACUGGGCGCCGGACACCACACAUUCUCCAAGCUCCUGCACGACCCACUCAGCGGUGGUGGUGGUGGUGGAGUUCCCGGAAUGCCUUCGCACUCACACUCAAACCACAGCACGUUCCUACCACCGGCGACCAUUCCGGAGGAUCGUGACUCGGCCAACUACUCCAUGAUCUCCGACCAGGACCGGGAGAUGUACAUAAAUGCGGCUCAGAUCGGCAGUAUGCAGAUGCAGCACUAA